UUUGGAAUGAAAAAUAUAAAAAUAAAGAGAAAAUGAGAGAGAAAAUGCGAUGCGAGUAAGAGGAGACCUUUGUGGCUUUGUCUAAUUGAAUCCACUGAAAAAGCGCGAUAAAAAAGCGAGUGACCGACCAAGCAAGUCGCCGGUGAAAAUUCGAUGCAGUCCACUCACGACGGCGGCGGAAAAGGAGGAGGUGGUGAGGUGAGUCGAGGUGGGUUGUCUCGGAUCCGUUCAGCUCCGGCGAAUUGGAUUGAAACCCUACUCCAGGAUGAUGAAGAAGAUGAUUUGAAACCUAACCUCUGUUUAACUGAGCUUCUCACCGGAAACUCGUCCGGGAUAACGAGUCGUAACUCGUUUGAGUUCCCGAGUGCUGUUGACCAGGGAUUGUACACUAACCAAGGUGGGUUUCACCGCCAGAACAGCUCUCCUGCGAAUUUUCUCGGUGGCUCUGCUGCUGGGAGUGAUGGGUUUUUCUCAAAUUUUGGGAUUCCGGCUAACUACGACUACUUGCCGCCGCCGAACGAUGACAUUUCUCCGGCGAGUAAACGGUCGAGGGAGUUCUCUUCUCAGUUGAAAGAAGAGCAAAUGAGUGGUGGUGUAUCAGGGAUGAUGGAGGAUAAGCUUCUUGAGGACUCGGUUCCUUUUAGGGUUCGUGCUAAACGCGGAUGUGCAACUCAUCCUCGUAGCAUUGCUGAGCGGGUGAGGAGAACGCGGAUAAGUGACCGGAUCAGGAGGCUGCAAGAACUUGUUCCUAACAUGGAUAAGCAAACCAACACUGCAGACAUGUUAGACGAAGCUUUGCAGUAUGUGAAAGCUCUUGAAAGCCAGAUCCAGGAGUUAACAGAGCAGCAGAAGAGGUGCAGAUGCAAACCUAAGGAAGAAAAUUAAGGUUUCCUUUAGGAUUGAUAUACAUAUACAUGUAUUUUUCUUUUUGGUUUAAUCUAUGAAUGGUGAUGAUCUUUUUGAAAUUUCGAAACUUGAUCUAGAAAAAAAUAGAUUAUUUGAUGUAUGUACUUUAGCUGUAAAAUUUUUGUACAAUAAGGUGAAACUUUUUAAAGAAUCAAUAAAAGAAAAUGUAUAUUCGU